CCCUGACAUCUGUUGGCAGCUCAGAAAUCCAAGCUGAAUGGAGAACGACGACGACGAAUAAACACCGCACAGCUGUCCGCAGUACACCCUGCGAGUUAAAGAAAUUCAAGUGGAUUCGCAUUUUCUUAUUUCUCAGAGUGUACACUUGAAAACCCAAUAUGGCUAUUUUCCACCCUUUUCUUCGCAAUCCUGUGUCCGACAUCACGGGCUACAUGCUGACCAGUCAGCAUAGCAAGUGCGCCGAUUUCGAGAUGCGAAUGAUGGAAUGCUUGGAAGCCUACGGAGUUAAGCGGGGCGCUGAGAACCCAGAGUGCCAGACUCUGAUGAAGGACUUCAAAGAAUGCCUAUCCAGCGAUGUUACUUUCAAACGUUUUGAGGCUAUGUGGUGGGAACGCCAGAAGCAAUAUUAUCUCGAGGGCAAGAAUAAGGACAGACAAUACGCUCCUUCACCAAAGCUCGAUUCCCUCUAAGCGUGUGCAUGUAAUUCAACUUAGAUAAAUUUAAACAUGCUGCAAAAGCUUUUUACAGCAAUUUGUAAAUAGAGUCAGAAAAAUUAAAUGAUGUUGAGGUAAUUCA